GAGCGGAGGCCCCGCCCCUCAUGGCGCCGCUCCCCGGCGGUUCCCCCGGUAACCGACAACGGCCGCCGCCCCGCCCCAGCCGCAGGGCCCGGUGGCGCUUCCCGGUCCGAGCCCCAGCGGGCUCGGUACCCGCGUCCAGAGCCCCGCAAGCAGGCGAGCACUUCCCUGUGCCCGGAGCCCCGCGGUGGCAGCAUGGCCGCGCAGAGUGCCCAGGAGGGCGCCUGUGAGCCCCCGCCCCGGCCGAGGCAACCCGGCAAGUCUGACGGGUAUAUAUCCAAACUUAGAGAACUUGUGAAACAUGAAGCAGAGAAAAAUAAAUCUCAGUGGAAAACUAUGGGGCCAGCGAAAGUUGCAGUGCCAGCUCCAAGUGAUUUUCUGCAGAAACAUUCCAAGGAACCCAAGCUAGCACCAAAAAAGAAGGAAGAAAAUGGUAAAAAAUUGAUUCCAUUAUCAGUGCCACCCAGGACAUACCACCCAAUUACUCGCAUUAAAAAGAAUUUUAUAAAUAGAAAUGCAGUUGCUGUUAUAACGGGAGAGCCUAAAAAGCCUCGACAUUUUUGUGUUGAUACAAGACAGGGAGAUAAAUAUCUCCUUGAACCUUCAGGACUUUUUCCAAAAUACAUUAAAAAAAAGAAUUAUGGUGUUUUACCAAAAUACGUGACACGGAGAAAUGAAGAAAUGAAGAGAGAGGAGGAAGAAUACCAGGCCAGUGUUUUGGACCAACUCAAGAAGAAAGCCAUGAAAGCUCUAUCUGAAGAAGAAAGGACAAAUGUUCUGAAGGCACUGAAAAAGAACUGGGAAGAAAUAAAUCAUGCAUAUCAGGGUCUUCCAAUAGUAACAGACACCUUGUACAAGAAGAUGCAUAAAGAAGAGCUGGAAUUAAAGCUGAACCAGCUGGAGCAUGACAUAGCAGCAAUUGAGAAGCAUAAAACUGUCUACAUUGCAAAUGUGUAAGGCUUGUUGUUCAGAUACUGCCUCUUUUCUCCUUUUUCUCUGUCCCUGCAUCUCCAAGAAGUGCCUCUCUAAAUUCUCAGAUGCUACUGUCAACUAUUUAGGAGGAAAUACUCAACUAAGUAUGUAGCUCCUUAGAAAAGUUAUUAAAUAUAACUCAUCUGUACAAUUCCCAAAACAUUUUGAAAUAAAAUGCUUAACUAAACUCUGUGUAUGAAUAACAAAAUUAAUUUAUUAUUCUUUGUAAUUUUUAUUAACUACUAAGAUUUCUAUAAACAUCAUACAGAAAGCAUAUAAAACAGUGUUUCAUAUGUUUGGAGUACAACUUUCCUUGCCUAGCCAAAACAAAGGGAAAUAAUUGGCUGCUGAAGACAGCUUGGUAAAUAUAACUUCAGGAUGGAAUGGCUUCUGGAUUAUAUAUUAAAGAGAUGUUGUGCUUAAAAGCUUGUGUGUAUUUCUAAACAGCUUGGCUUCUGCAUAACAUUAUGUGUACUCAUUUUUUGUUACCAAAACCAAUUUUUAUUAUAGAAACCUGAAUAAUACAGACUUCACAAAAUACAGAUACCACAUAUAUGUUUUUACAAGUACAUAAUUCUGUAAUACUAUAAUAAAUCUACAGUUAAAUUAGAAAAA